AUGAGCGACUUUAGCUCGUCGCUCAACAUGGCCGGACUGCUCUUGGUCGCAAAACAACUAGCUGAAUUUGACAUGAAAGAGAUACCAGUGGCUUGGCGUGAUUUCGACGCUGACCGAUAUGAUCUCCAUUCUCUCGAAUCGGCCCGUUCGACACCCGCAACGCAUCUCGGAUGUCGCAUCACGUCGGCGCUCGGCGGCUCACUCGGAUCUGGAAAACAUUAUGGUUGG